AUGCCUGAUGAUUCUGAACCGAUUAUUGCGCUCGUCGAUACAGCGCAGUCGCAAUAUGCUAUCCUCAAACAGAGAGUUGACCUGGACCUCGAUUUCCCCAAUCGAUCGCUCAAGGGAAGCACGGAAAUAACCAUCACGCCGCUGGUCUCAGAUGUACGGGAGAUUCGAUUACACUGCCGGCAAUCUCGCCCUCUGGCGAUUCAGAUAGGAGGGAUUGCUGCAAGGUGGGAAUUGGAUGAUCCAUACAGUCGGUUACGGGUUCCUCCAAAAUCCAACAUUGAACAGCAUGGAAUGAUCAAGACGAGAAUUGAGAAAUAUCUGCAGUCUACGCGAAAUCCUGAAUUGGUUAUCGCGAUACCUCCGAAGCUCAAAAUCCAGGAAUUGCAGCUGGACAACAUUACCACUCUACCAGUCUAUAAUGACGUGCCGAGCCUUGAGAAGCAGGAAACGGACUUCAUUGCCAUUGCUGAUGGUGCUGUAACACCAGGAGCGCAACAGCAGGGCCCCCAAUUCGCUCCCAUCAAAGUGACGAUCGAGUUUGAGGUGGAACAUUUCCGUGAUGGCUUGCACUGGAUUGGUUGUCACGAUGGUGACCGACGAUAUCCCUACGUUUAUUCCAAAGCCUCGCCGCUCUCUGGGAACACAUCGUGCAUAUUCCCUUGUCUUGACGAUACGUCCUCCCGGUGCACUUGGGAAAUAGCCAUCAGAACUCCGAGAACCUUAGGCGAUGCGUUCAAGACAACAAAGCGAGAUGUUCCUGCGAAGACCAAAACUGUUGGUACAAAAUCGGAUUCGAAGGCUGCCGAGCCCAAUGUUAAAUUAGAUACGUCUCCAGCCGACGAUUUUCUCAUCGAUCUUGGUCCAGAGGAGGCGGCGCUAGACCUCGCUGUGAUUUGCGUUGGUGAGCUGUCCGAUGACAUCUCUGACCAAGAGGACGAAUCCCGGCAUACGCUUGUGUUUACGCUCAACGAGCCGGUAACGGCACGACAUAUCGCUUUUGCCGUCGGUCCGUUCGAACCCGUCGACCUUACCAUGUUCCGUGCUACCGAAGAUGAAGAAAAGCUCGGACAGACAGCUGUGAAGGUGGCCACUGGAUACUGUCUACCAGGUCGUAGUGAGGAAGUCGAGAACACUUGCAUGCCCACAUGUCAAGCGAUCGACUACUUAACCGCCAAUUACGGCCGUUUUCCAUUCACAAGUUACCAGACGCUUUUCGUGGAUGAUUUAGUGCAAGAUACCGUGGACGCUGCGGGUCUUUCAAUUUGCAGUGAGAGACUUCUGUUCCCACAGGAAAUCAUCGAGCCACUAGAUAGACACACUCGAAUUCUUGUUCGUGCCGUGGCGAACCAAUGGAGCGGCGUCAAUAUAAUUCCGAAGGCGCUCGAGGACACAUGGGUCACUUCUGGAAUAGCUGGUUUCAUGACCGACUUAUUCAUGAAGAAGCUUGCCGGCAACAAUGAGUAUCGAUGGCAGCAGAAGCUCGCUGCUGAGAAGGUCUAUGAGCUAGACGUUGAUCGGCCCUCCAUCUGGCACCUGGGCCCCCUGCAACAUCUUGAUUCCUCGAUCCGCGACUUUAUUGACCUCAAAUCUUCGCUCGUCCUCGGAAUUCUCGACCGCCGACUCGUGAAAUCCAGCGGGUCCACAGGAGUAACGCGAAGUAUCAACAGGAUUUUCCUAAAUGCGAAGACCGGGUCACUCGUGAAUUCAGAGCUCACCACCGAGGACUUCCAGAGAACUUGUGAAAAGUAUGGCCACAACAAGCUUGAAUCGUUUUUUAAACAAUGGGUCAAGGGCGCAGGGUGUCCCAUCUUUUCAGUUUCGCAAAGAUUUAACAAGAAGAAGACAGUCGUAGAGAUGACCAUCACCCAGAUGCAAUUGCAGCGCGUCACGAAGCCUGCAUUCGAGCCAUCCAAUUUCAUGAGGGAAAUCAAGGAAUAUGUGCAAGAGGUGUGGGCCCCAGAGAUGCAGGCUGUCUUCACAGGUCCCAUGACUAUCCGUAUCCACGAGGCCGAUGGAACCCCUUACGAGCACAUCGUCGAGAUCCGAGAAGCUGUCACAAAAUUGGAGAUUCAAUACAACACAAAGUACAAACGACUGAAGCGAUCGAGAAGGCAGAAGGAACGCGCAAUGGCUGACGGACCCACACACGGAGAUGGCAGCGACGAACCGCUCCUCUACUCUCUGGGUGAUGUUCUUGACUCUGCCCAAGAUUUAAAGGAUUGGAAACUCGCAGAGUGGAGCGCCGAAGACGAAGAACGAAUGGGCCAAGAGAGCUAUGAAUGGAUCCGCAUGGAUGCUGAUUUCGAGUGGAUCGGCAAGAUUCAUCUGUUCAUGCCGUCACACAUGUAUAUCUCACAGCUCCAACAGGAUAGGGACCUGGUGGCGCAGUAUGAUUCCAUGAAAUUCAUCCUGGGUAUGGCGCCGCAUCACGUUUCGCUCACUCUUAUGGUUCGAACAUUGAUGGACACUCGCUAUUUCCACGGUAUUCGCGUCAUGGCCGCGGAAGGCAUCGCGAUCCUUGCCAAGGACAAAGAAGGUGGCCACCAAUUAUCUGAAAUUGGUCAGUACCAGUUGGAGAAGGCAUUCUCUCACAUGUUUUGCGAUGAGGGUUCAGUCAUGCCACGACCCAACGACUUCUCAAGCAGGGUAACUUUUCUCAUUCAAUGCGCCAUCCCUCGAGCGAUGGCGACUUUCCGCGACGCCGACAAUAGAGUGCCACGCGCUCUGCAGCAAUUUUUCGUCGACAAGCUCAAAUUUAAUGACAAUUCUGAGAAUCCGGUCUCUGAUUGUCACUACGUCGCAACAUUGAUGAAGUGCCUGACCGAAUCACUGGUGGUAUCACAUCGCGAGAUCCAGCCGGCGUAUGAUUUCAGCUUCGGAGAAGAAGAGCCUGCCCUCGAUGGGAUGGACGUGGAGAAUCCCGAUGCUGAUUUCGAGCAGACUGCAGUGGGAGAAAUUGAGCGAUACCGCCGCAUUGACGAGUGGGUGGUCACUUAUCAGAAUAUCUACUCGACGACCGCAAUCGAGUGCUUGCAAAAGUUGACCAAGGCCGGGAUCGUCAAAGACAAACGUAUGGAGUUGCUGCAGUACACCCGGCCCAGCACGGCCGAGAACGUCCGACUGGCAGCUUUCCGUUGUCUCAACGAGAUUGGCCUUUGUCGAAAAAUGCCGGUACUGAAGCAUCUUAUCCACUCCAUCGUGGAUCAUGCAUCUCCCUACUUUCGGGAUCGACUCACGCGCCUCUUCGGCGAAGCACUUGGUCAUAUCGCCCUGGAUGAUGUCGAACCUGUCAAGGCAGCGCCUCCUCCAACUACCGAUGGAUUAAUUCUCGAACAGGACGUCGUCAACACGGUCACGCUGCAAGAGAUUGAUGCCGCUCGCAAAGCGAGUCCGGAAGGGGCGAUCGCAACGCUCAAAACCACUCUCCCAGAAAGCGGAAUCUUUCGAGAUGCUCUCUGGUACGCUAUAACAUCGCCCGACAUCACGAUUGACGAAGUCGCCAACUUCUGUGAUGUAGCAGCGUUGGUAGUCCAACCAGUGACUGCCGCCGUCGUCACUUUGAAUUUGCCUCGGCCAUACCGCUGUCGUCAUGUGGGCAAAGGCAAGAUGGAAUUUUACCGUGAAGGAGCCUUCCUGUCAGAGCCAAGCCCACGCAUUGGCCUGAGCGUCGAGGAUUACGUCGAGCUCGAGGCCAACCAUCUCCGGUAUACUGGGCCUCUCUCUUCAGCAACGAAAAAGUACAUCUCGGAGAAAAAGAAUCAACAGUCGCAAAUCGACAGCCUCAAGCUGAAGAUUUCACAAACCAGCAUGCAAGCACAACACGCGCAAUCGCAGCCUGUCGCCGAGAUGUCGCCGCCUCUUUCAGCUGUGCCGACGACUACAGAACGAACUGGAUUCAAACUAAGUCUGGGCGGAGUGAAGCGCAAAAUGUCAAACGACGUAACUCAAGAAACUCCGAAAGUAGUCAAACUAGGCAAACUUUCCACUCCGAAGAAUCCCAUGGCCAACCAUCGCACAACAUCCACCCCUACACCGCGGCCAAUCGUAGAUGCGCAGAACAGCGUCGUGGCAAUACUUCGACUGCGUAAUGAAAGCACAAGACGACGAGCGAAGGAUAUUCUUUUGGCAGCCCCGAAGCCUACGAUCAAAUCCGCCCCGAAUGGAUCAACGCCAGCAUCAUCGCAGGCUCGACCACCGCUACCACGUUCCAAUACACCAAACGUCCCCAAUCAACACCCUGCGUCACUUGCGCAGGCAAAGACAUUCCAAUCCCCGACGACCCAGCCAGCUAGCUCCUUCAGCCCUCCAUCCAGCUUCGCCACGUCAAAAAAUCAGGCUUCAACCAACCUUGGCGCGUUUCGAUCUUACGGUUCAGCCGGCAAGGAGUCUCAGUCAAAAGCAUCAUCAGCAAAUCCCAUCAAAUUUAGACCGAGCGCUCCAGGCACUGCGAGCCCGUCAAAUGGCGCCAUUCGUCCGCCGCCACCGUCCUCAAAGGCAGCAGAAGUCGGCUCUUCUGCAAAUGACGAACCGCCGCCGCUGAAAAAGAAGUUCACCUUGAAGUUAGGUAAGAAGGGAUAG